UGAUUGGCGGAGAGGUGCUGAGCACUGUGAAAGACACCGGCCGAGGAAGUAGCACGUUAAGGAAGAGGACGUUGAUUUGAAAUCAUCAUAAACUUUGGAAUUUUUGCUUUUAUCGAUUUGGCUAGUUAAGAUUUGCUUAUAGUUAGAAUGUAGUCGUGGCGUAUACAUAUCUUAAAUAAGUAAUUUACUGUAGCAUAGUGGCUGUACACUUAGAAGUAUCUCUAACAGGGAUUUAAAGCACUGCGAAUUUAAAGGUGCACUAUUAUAUUUAUUUUAGAAUAUUUAAAGAUGAGUUCUAUGAGACACUUAAUCUACAGUAGGUGGUUGUUUCACCACACUAAACCACUAAGUGUCAACACAUCAAGACUGUUCAAUACUACCAGAAGCAGCAUGACUAUAAUGCCUGCCUGGGUUAUUGAUACAUACGGAAGCAAUGAUGUGUUUCGGUUUACUAAAAAUGCCAGUUUCCCCGUCAUCAACUACCCCAAUGAGGUCAUUGUUAAAGUGCAGGCAGCAGGACUGAACCCACUAGAUCUCAACAUGAGAGGUGGCUAUGGUGCUGCAACAAUGUCUGUGAAGAGAGACCCUCUGAAUAUCAAGCAGUCAGGCAGCGAGUUCCCUCUCAUCCUGGGAAGGGAUGUGUCUGGGGUCAUCAUGGAGUGCGGCCUGGAUGUGAAGUACUUCAGAGAGAGGGAUGAGGUGUGGGCAGCUAUCCCGCCAUGGAAACAGGGCAGCUUGGCUGAGUUUGUGGUUCUGAGUGCCAACGAGGUAUCCCACAAGCCAAAGUCACUAAGCCACACAGAGGCAGCAGCCAUCCCCUAUGUGGCAACCACUGCCUGGUCGGCACUGGUCAACACCGGGGGGCUCAGUAAGGACAACUGUGCCAAGAAGCGGAUUUUGAUCCUUGGGGGAUCCGGUGGAGUGGGAACAUUUGCUAUACAGAUGCUGAAGGCUUGGGGAGCCCACGUGACUGUUACCUGCUCCCAGAAUGCAGAGCGGUUUGUAAGGGGCCUGGGGGCAGACCAUGUGGUGGACUACACUGCCGGACCUGUUGAGGAGCCGCUCAGUGCUUUGGAGAAAUUUGACCUGAUCCUGGAUAAUAUUGGGGGGGACACGGAGCGUUGGGCGCUGAAUCUGCUGAAGCCUUGGUGUGGCGCAAAGUAUGUCACCAUCGUAACACCGUUCCUCCAGAACACUGACAGGCUUGGCAUCGCUGAUGGCAUGAUGCGGACUGCUGCCACAGUGGCCACCAAAACCCUCAAGCACCUAGUCAAAGGAGUUCACUACCGCUGGGGAUUCUUUGCACCUAGUGGUCCCGCACUGGAUGAAAUAAGGGAAUUAGUGGAUGCAGGAAAGAUUCGGCCAGUGGUGGAUGAGACGUUCAGCUUCUCCCAGGUUCCUCAGGCCUUCGAGAAGAUGGAGAAAGGGCACGCUCGUGGAAAGACCGUGGUCCUGGUCAGCAAAGGGGGAGAUGAACUAUAGCGCAGACUCUGGGAGACUUUUUCAGCACAAUCCUGAAACAAACUGAAUUAAAGGCACUGACAUGCAAGGUUAGGUUAGAUUAUUGUAUCCACAGGUGCAAACAAGGUGCAAGAACAAGGCUAUUGCUUCUUGUUUCUGGGGGCUUUAAAGCUGCAAAUGUGUAUGGAAGUAUUAUAACUGCUGGUGUUUGCUUUAAAAUGUAUUUUUUAUACUCUAUAAAGUAUACUCUAAUACUCUAAUUUUUGCUUAUUUUACAAUGUGGUGGGCAUGUUAUUUUGUGCCAAAAACCUAAAUAUACUGUACAUUUGUCUAUUUCAAUGUCCCAGUGGAUCAUAAGAAAUGUUUGUUUGCUCUGGUGAAAGCAAUUCAACCCCAAAUCCAUGGAAGAAAGAAUAGAUAUAAAAGCCAGGAAAUGACAGCAACUUUAAAGCUUAAGAGCUCUAUUUUUUUAUAUUACUGGAGGCCAAAAUUAUUUCACCUUGAUUACAAAUUUUCCCAUACAACAAUGUACACCUACUUGCAAACUGCUAAUGCUCAAAACACAACGCUGACUUUAUCACCUCAAAGUUGGCAUGUACAUGUUAGCCAGCAUUAGUUAAAGCUUUAGUCCGUAACUUUUUGAUAUAAAUGAAUGCUCUUCACAUUCAAGCCAUUGGUACAAAGCUAAUUAAUUAAUCAGCUCCACGCAACUCUCUCUGGAUUUCUCAGUGUGGCUAUGUUCAGAAACUUUUCGUGAGCAGAAACUCAAGUGAAGAUAAUUGCCUCUUCUGAAGAGUCCAUCAUAUUUUCUUAAUCCUCUGUGUCCUCCUUUGCUACUAAUAACUGGGUAGGGGAGGGGUUGGGGUGGUACACAAUCACAGAGGGCUUGUAUAUGUUAUUACUUGGACUUCCUCAUGGGGGAGACAAACAUUCACAGAAACAGGUCAUUUCAAUCUAAAGAAAGAAUGUUUUAUUUUCUAAAAAAAGAUGAAAAGAAAAUCAUUCUUAUUUCCACGUGUUUUUUUCUCAUACAUUCACAUAUUUACAAUCAACAGUGUGUGACAUUGUCAUUGCAGUUCUGCUUUAAAAUUUAAGCCCAAAUCUAUACAGGUGAUGCUUAUGUACAACCUAACACAGCAAAUUGCAGUUUGUGUAAAAAUGUAAAAACCUAUCACAUCCUAAAAAGAUAUUCAAACCUUACAAUAGAUCAUUUUUGAUCUACAACAA